AUGGUAUCACCUUCUCUUCCAUCCGCUGUCCAAAGGAAAAGGCAGCGGGUAGAGAGCGUAUAUCCACGGCGACGUUCUGUUAUGGCGUGUAACAUUUGCCGUGGCCGCAAGAGCAAGUGUGAUAACGGCCGGCCGUCAUGCAGUUUCUGCCUCCAGACUGGCGCCAUAUGUAUCUACGAAGAUCAACGCUCUGACUACUCCAACUUCGACGCAGCAAGUGUACAUAUCAUAAACCGAUUAGAUAGUUUAGAGCGGCACUUGGAGGAACGACUCGUCACAGGAAACAUACCAAGGUUUGUCAUUCCCUAUAACCUUCCUAUUGGCGAAGCGAUGGUUAACUCAGUAAGCCAAUGUGAUAAAAGCCACAUAUCGAAUUCUUCCGCCCAUACAAGGCUCACCUAUUAUCCUGUCAUGGAAAGCAUACUUGAGUGGCCAGUCUUCGAAGGCCUUACGUCGUUAAGGAAAAGCCAGUCUUUGGCAAUAGCUGACUCAGACUCAGAAGAUUACAAUGUGUCACCAGGCAACCCAACAGAGCAAGAUUCUGAGGCUCCAGGGGCUGGGCUUGAUAUCUACAUUGAUCAUGCCAUUCGUAUGUUCUUGCAAAACGUCCAUUCUAAAAACCCCAUACUAGAUUCUCGCUUGUUAGCUAAAGCAGUUCGUUGCUGCUCUGAGAAUGGCUUUGAUACGAGUAAAGAAUCUGCUCUCGUGACUAUUGCUUGCGCUCUAGGACUCCGCUCAUCACCAUUUGUACCAUCCCGAGAUAUGAAACAUGUGCCGCGAAACUUGGCAGACGAUCAGGCUGAGCAGUUGUUCCGCAGGGGCAUUCAGAUCUUGGCCUUGCAACCGCCCUCGCUCUUGGCAACCCAAUGUCGAUUCUUCUGUGGAGUAUACGAGAUGUUUUGUAUUCGUCCAAUUGCUGCUUGGCUACACUUCAGUCAAGCAAGCCUGCAACUCAAGCUUCACAUCCAUUCAAGAACUUUUUCUUGUCCAGUUGAUCCUUCAGUGGAUAGUGGGUUACUGCAAAGACUAUACUGGUCGUGUAUGCAAUCAGAAUGUGAGCUGUCGAACGAGCUGCGAACCACGACCGUCGGCCUCGAGCAUCUAGCCUUCCCUUAUGCAUUCCCACAACCCCCAGCUCAAAAUGGACCCUCGUCUCCUUUCGACUCCGGGGCCAACGCGGGGCAACUCGAAAGCUGGAUGUAUUAUCUCUCCGAAACCUCCUUGCGUAGGGUGGGCAACGAGAUCAUCAGCACGUUGUAUAGUCAAGAACCUUUGAUUUGGAAAGAAGAUAUCCCUGGUUUGUGUGUUCGAGCACAGCAGCUACUGGAUAAGCUUGAUGCAUGGGUGUGUAACUUACCCAAUGAGCUACGAGUCGCUGAGCCGAUCUCUGAAUCGUCAAAUGAGUUGGGGUUACAUGUCCGAAGCAGAUAUCUCCUCUAUCGCUCUUGGGCUCUUCGGCCGUUGCUCUAUAUCAUGAUCCAUGCCUCUCAGUCCGAUCUGCUUCAAUACAGAUCAAUUGCGGAGCCACUAGCAUACGACUGCUUGGUUAGCUGCAUUGACUCGAUCAACGACGUGACCUAUCACCAUCGGCAUCACGGGACGUGGUAUACCCUGCGCGUGGUAGUCAGCUCUGCUCUCUCAAUAAAGGCGGCCUCGAGAGUUAAUACUAUGAAUCUUCCGCCAGGGUGGCAGGACGAAGUGAGAAAGGCAUUAUCUAUCUUGGAGAGUUGGAGCACUGAGGCUGGAGAUUUGCGCACAAGUCUAGAAAUCAUCAAGGCUGCAUAA